AAAAGCCUCUGCGCUGUUGAUGGAGGUCAGCCUUACCAACCCUCGGGGAGCGUCGUCUUGACCCGGGUCCUGCCCCAGUACUUCUCCUGGUGAUUGCGGCAUUUGCGCCCAACGUCUUUUCAAUCUCAGUUAUUGUUUUCACAAUCUUAAUCUGGGAAUGCUGGAUAGACUUUGGCGAUAGCUAUUCAGGUUGAGUUAGCUGCUGUGCUCUACAUUGAAUCACAGCGGUCACGUUGCUUGUCUAGCACCACCUCGCUCCAUACGAACACCAGGAAACGUGUUGACGAUGCAGCACACCUCCAACUCGCCAUGGCGAACACCUGGAGACCACCAUAAGCCGCAGUACAGUUUGUCGCAUACGAUUUCCAUGGUCAAUUUGCACGAAGAGCCAGCUUGGUUCAACCGCGGACCUUCGUCUCCGACAGCUUCUUCGGUAUCCACAUCAACCAGCCGAAGUGCUACACCCACCACGACAAACAACAAUCCUUGGUCUAAUGUAAUGAUGAGUCCAAAUUCGGUGGCCUCGAGCAAGUCGCCACGAGUGUCACCCAAUCACAGUCCACCGCGCACCACACCAUACACCAGCCGGUCGACCACGCCGACUCCAAUCGCGCCACAACCUUUGCGGCCUAUCAAGCCCAUGGCAGGAUUCGUCCCCCUGUCUCCGCCCGCCUCGGUGGUCGGCGAUCCCUACCAAACCUCAGAGUACCCUACACCAUCAAGCUCGACUUUUCCCGGCUCGCCCAACCCGUAUCGUCAGCCCGUGGCUCCUCUGACCCCGCUCGUGCACGGCUUCAUCAACACGUCCGCGCUGUCUUCGCAGGGCCAGUCGCUCUCCGGGUGGUUUUAUGAUCUCUGUCGAAAACAGGGCUGGGAUGCGGGCCAGAUCAAGAGAAUCUGGCAGUGGACGCUGUCCAAUCCGCGUCUCGCGAUUCUGCUGUAUGUGUGUGACGACGUCGCGUCGUGGCGGCAAGCAUCCUUCUUCGACCUGCGCGACGAGAGCCUGCCGUUCCCGGAGGACCGGCUGCAGGGCAUCGUCGCAAAUGCGCGCAAAGUCGUCGACGAGCAGUGGCGCGCGACGGCAAAGGAAAUGCCGCUGAACGGCAGCCAUGUGGAUUUCGUGGCGCGCGAGACGGUGCCGCUGCUGUCCGAGGGCUUCAUCCGCAUCUCGAAGAACUCGGAGAAGAGCGUCGAUCAGGUGCGCUUGCUGGGCGGCAGCGACGACCGGGUCCUGGUGCGGAAGCGCUUUGUUACCACGCGGCCCUCGCAGAAAGCCGCGCUGCUGGACCAGAUCUCCCGCUUCAGGCAGCUGGACCACAAGAACAUAGCUCGCUUACUCUGCUCGUACGCGCAGCCAAGUCACGUGGGCAUCGUGGUCGAGAAGGCCCAGUGCAGCCUCGACGACUACCUCGCCAUGCCCGGCUGCGACCCCUCGCGCUCCCGCCUGCUCGUCGACUGGAUGUACGACCUCGCCUCGGCGCUGGAAUACCUGCACGCGCACUCCAUCUGCCACCGGGCGAUCCGCCCGCGCAAGAUCCUCGUGCACAACUCGCACAUCCUGCUCGCGCCCUUUGAACUGGGCACCACGACGGGGACGCUCAGCCCGGCGACGCCCGCGCCGCCGUCGCGCCCGGACACGCUCUCCGCCUCGCUUUCGGACCAGUCAUACAUCUACGCAGCCCCGGAGGCGAUCGUGUCGCGCGCCAAGCGGCCCGCGGACGUGUUCGCGCUGGGCUGCGUGUUCCUCGCGGUGCUCACGGUGGCGCAGAACCAGAGCCUGGCGGCGUUUACGCAGUACCGGGCGGGCUCGACGCACGACGCGUCGUUCCACGCGCACCUGGACCGGGUGGGGAGCUGGCGCACGCGGCUCGUGGCGUCGACGAACGCGGGGCUGCGCGCGGGCGCCACGGGGUCGGGGCGGCGGCUCCGGCAGCUCAGGGCCGAGGCCGAGUGGCUGGGCAUCGUGGAGCGCAUGGUGGCGGCGCGGCCGAAGGAGCGGGUUAAGAUGAGCGUCAUCAUGGGGAGUGUGGGGACGGGCAAGGUGGCGGGCGGGCGGCGGCGCAGUCUCGACGGCGGCGGGUAUAGUGGGCAGGCGCUGGGGGGCGGGAUGGGCGAUGGCGAGGCGGUGAAGAUGAGGCGCGGGUCGCCGCCGCGGAGGCCCGAGUUGAGUGUGUUUGACGGGUAUUUCUCGCAGCAGUCGCGGAAGCUGGAUCCGGCGGGUGGGUGGUGAGGGUGGGUUUGAGGCGAGAGGUGAGAGUUCUGAGAGUGAGAGCCGAGAGCUCUGAGAGCGAGAGCUGAGAGAGUUGAGAGAGCGAGAGCUGAGAGAUUCCCCGGUUCUGAGAGCGAGAGGACAAGAGUCCCGAUCCCCACCAUCUCCUUGCAUU